AAUUUUCCCAAACUGAGUAAGGAAAAAAGCUUGUCAUUUUUCCUUUCUUUUUUUAUUUUUUCUCUUUCAUGAUCCACAAUUCGUUGAUUUUUUCUUGCUUAUACCAACACGUAUGAUGAAUAGCCAUCUAACAUGGUUAAGCCAAGUUAAAGAGGAAAUUGGUGGAUAUGAUACUCUAAUACAGUACAUAGUUAGUCGAUUCAAUGUCAAAUACAAAGAUCCUCUAUCUUCAUUACCACGAUCCAAAGGCACGGUUUUAUACGGUAAGCCUGGAACCGGAAAGACAGCUUUGGCGAUAAGUAUUGCUAAAACAUCAAGCUUGCCAUAUUAUGUCUUGAACAGCCCAGAUAUAUUCCAAAAAGGUAUAAAACUCCUUAGACAUGAUGACUUUCUUUUCCAUGAAAGACAAUAUUUCUUAUUGGCCAAAUUGAUUCUCUGAUCUUGCCUUAUUAUAGAGGAGGGCAUGACGGAACAAGCGCUGUCAGACUUUUUUGCGCAAGCAAACAACCAUGAAGCUUCAAUAUUAAUUUUAGACGAAAUUGAUUUAAUUGCAGGAAAAUGGACACCUAAAAAAAGUGAACUAGAGAGAAGAAUUUCUUCAAUUCUUCUAUCUUCUAUAGAUAUGUUAAGCGACAAAACAUACUUUAUUGCGUUGACUAGUCGUUUACAUGACAUCGAGCCUGCGUUCAUGCGAUCUGGCAGACUGGACGACAUACAAGAAUUAGUAAUGAGACUGCCUACACAGAGAUACGAAGCAUUGAAAAUAUUAACAAAAA